GCGGCCGCUGCCGCCGCCGCCGCCACCACCGCCGCCGCGCGGGAGUCGCUGUCCGCGGAGCCGAUAUGCAGGCGGCGCGGGGCGGCGCGGGGCGGCCGGGCCGGAAGGGCCGCGGGCUGGAGCGUGAGUGCGAGCGGUCACCGGGCGCAGGAGUCGCCAUGCCCCCAGGGCCGUGCUCCUGGCCGCCCCGCGCCGCGCUCCGCCUGUGGCUGGGCUGCGUCUGCUUCGCACUGGUGCAGGCGGACAGCCCCUCAGCCCCCGUGAACGUCACCGUCAGGCACCUCAAGGCCAACUCUGCAGUGGUCAGCUGGGAUGUCCUGGAGGAUGAGGUUGUCAUCGGCUUUGCCAUCUCUCAGCAGAAGAAGGACGUGAGGAAGCUUCGCUUCAUUCAGGAGGUGAACACCACCACCCGAUCCUGUGCUCUCUGGGACCUGGAGGAGGACACAGAGUAUAUCGUCCAUGUGCAGGCCAUCUCCAUUCAGGGGCAGAGCCCAGCCAGUGAGCCUGUGCUCUUCAAGACCCCACGCGAGGCUGAAAAGAUGGCCUCAAAGAACAAAGAUGAGGUGACCAUGAAGGAGAUGGGGAGGAACCAGCAGCUGCGAACGGGCGAGGUGCUGAUCAUUGUAGUGGUCCUCUUCAUGUGGGCAGGUGUUAUAGCACUCUUCUGCCGCCAGUAUGACAUCAUCAAGGACAACGAACCCAAUAACAACAAGGAGAAAACCAAGAGUGCAUCAGAAACCAGCACACCAGAGCACCAGGGUGGGGGUCUCCUCCGCAGCAAGAUAUGAAACCUUUUCAGUGCUUGCUCUGAGCAGCUCAGAAGACAGUAGAGAAUGCAAGAGGACCUCACUGUUCUGACGAUGAUUGUCCAAUACGCACCUGGCCCUCUCUGCGUCUCCUCCCACCUCCAUCUUCUUGUAUCGUCGGGCUUAUUAUCUUACUUCUCUCUUGGCUUCUCUCUUUCUGAUGUCAGUUCCUGAAGCAUCUAACUAACCCCUAACUCCAGGAGCACCUCAACAAUGUCCAUGGCUGAGGCUACACCCGGAGACAGAGCUGCAGAAUGAGAGAGACCCAGCCAGAGGGAUGCCACUGCUAGGGGUAGACUAGGUGCAAGGGCUCUUGGCACAGGACUCACAUCUGGGCCACGCAGCUUGACCGAAGGCUGUGUGUGAAAGGGGAGAGAGCCAAGACUUCCAGAGCUAUUCUUUUUGUUUCUGUGAGGGACAAGAGCCUGCCUUUUAGGCUGCAGCCCCUUUCUCCUCUGUCCUGUUUCCUACUUUACAAGAGAUCCACUCAACCAGCUCCGGGCACUUCUCUUGUUCCCUUCCCGGUUUCCAAACAAGCUCUCUGUGACCAUCAUCAAAGCAUGGAUAUCCCGGUCUGCAGGGGAUGGGCUUCCCCCUCCGCUGGUCCUGUGUCCUUCCUGGGCACAGGGUGGAAGUGGUGGGGGCACGGCUAGCCACAGUUUCUCCUUUCCCCCAUCUUAGUUUGACGAAGGAGGCCGAACGGCAAACCCAAACUCUGCAAAAAAUCAAAUAAGCCACAAAGCUAGAAGGCUGCACCCCAUUCUGAAGAAUGCACAAGUGUGUGAGAGAGUCCUGCCUUACUUCUCCCGGACUGGCUUCCUCUUUGAGAAAAUGCACAAUGCUCUGGGAGAGAGCAGAUACCAAGACUGGCUGGAGCUGUGUCUGUCAGACCAAUGGGACCAGGGAGGCUGCAGGGCUGCCUGCUUUUCAGGUCCUGACUCCAACACUUUCUGGAUCCAGCCACUAAGGACAUCUGGGGUAUGAGGUGCACCUUUGCAAAUGUGUAUGCUGCCAGCUGUUUGGACUCUUGGAAAACACCAUUGGAGGGCUGCACUCCAGGAUGUAGACGGCUCUGCCAAGGCCCGAGAUGUUUGCUUACAUCUAUCUCCCACAAAGAUAGAUCCUCGUGAUGAGAUCAUCAGCGUGGAGUUUUAAGAAGCGCUGGAAGGUACUGCCCGCUUUUAAAGGAAGUGCCUCGGCUGUGGCAGCAAUGUCAGCUUGGAGAACUAAAAACACCUACGUCCUACAGCCUCUCUAGGCUGAGGGAGCUGCUAGAAGGCGGCUCACACCAGACAGGCAGAGAGCAGCCACUGUCACUGCUGGCCUGGGGGCCUUUGGAUCUCACCAUCUCAUUCAGGGUCCUCUGAAAGUUAUCCAGGGUUCUCAUCUACUUCCCUAGAGCUUGAAGUAUAAAGUGACAGCUAGUGCUCUCUCUCUUUCUCUCUCCCCCUCUCUCUUCCCUGCCCCCACCUCUCCUCUCCUUUGCCCCUUCCUGGUUUAAAAAAAAAAAAAAAAAAAGGUGCUUGACAAGGCAGCAGACUUCUGGGGGACUGAAGCACCAUGGCUGCCAAACGCCUGCAUUGGAAAAGGUAGACUCUACAUCUUCCAUCAGUGGCCAAGGUAGUGUGGGAGGCUGUUCCCAGCACAUAGUAGGUGCUUGGUAAAAUAUCUGUGGUACUGAAUGAUGAGCACAGGUGCCCAAGUCAGAGAGCUGAAAGCCAUCACCCAAUGACAACCCCUUCAUUCGGGUCUCUAACAGCUCUCAAAGCUGGGUCAGCCACCACUCUGGGUUCUCCAAUUGCGGUAGCACAGGAGAGGAGAGACAGCCGGGUAAGGGCAGAUGUCAGCAAUACUAAGGGCUUCCUCCUGGGAGGGAAUGAGGUUCCACUCAUUGUCUCGUGACUUCCAUCCCUGCUGAACGGGGGCUGCAAGGCCCAGGCUCCUUAAGGGAGGUCCGUUACCUCCGAUCCAGUUAGAGCAAUAACCACUUUUUAAAUGUAAAAUAAAGACAAAUGAAAAGGCA